GAACAACAGAGAAUCCGGAUUCCAGAGUCCCUUUCCUCCGAACACGGCCUAAGAUGCACUUAACCCCACCUAGAAAGGUCCGAGCAUACAUAGUUCCAUAUAAACACUCAUAUUGCAGUUUUCUGAGAAAAGCAACAGUAGAACUGUUUUACUGAGAGACUGUCGAUCAAGCCAAAGAUUGACGCACCAUUCACGGGCAAGGCCGUUGAAGAAGCCGUUGAGAAAGACGGAACAGGUCCGCCUGCGGGAGGAGAAUGCACAUCAACGCACGCAGCUAGCCGUCUACCAUCGUGUACACAACGAAAACAAGACCAGUCACGAGGUAUUGGAGUCGCGCGUCCAAGAACUCCUGACGAAAUGGUCCAACAAUAGAGCCAACCGCGACCAACAACUGCGCAUCCGAGCCGUGCAUCGGUUCUGGAACUGGCUGGACAAGACGUGGGCCCUGGUGAACUCCAUAAGAGUGGCCGUCUUGUGUGAAACGUACGGUGUCCUGUCGAGAGAGGGUAGAGUGCCAACCACAGUGAUGCAACGCCUCCGUGACGCAAACGGCAUCCACAUUACGACAGGAGCCCCCAUUGCACCCCAAACGAAUGACAUCGUCAAAAUUCCCCCGUUCACCGCCAAGGCUUCUGCACCCGUUUACGUACCAAUCAAAUACCAGGCCUUACCAAGAACCAACUAGAUGGAAGCACGAGCCAUAGGCGCCGGCGCAAUCACGGCCCUUGACACCGCAGUAACCACAGUCAGAACACGCCCGAACGGGAAAGGUGUGGUCAAACGGGAAGUGUCUUCAAGCGACGCCGGCGACGACGGACGCCCUUCGAAGAGAGCAAAAUCCACCCCCGCAUCUCCGAAACUUCAGCCUUCGGGCAACGAGUUCAAGCGUAUUCCAAAGAACCCGAGAACAUCCCUCAGUCAGCUUCCGCCAGUACAGUCCGUACCUGGCGAGAUGUUGGACGUUUGCGAGGAGGUACGAGUGACGAAGCCCUGGGAACGCUAUCGGCGGGCCGGAUCAAUUCUCUUAGACCAAGACGGCCGAGAGGGACAGCACGAGCCUCAGUUUCACAACAGCGUGGCCACCUUUUGGGAUCGGUACGGGCAACAACUCUGGGAACAGACUUACGCCCCGUUCGGCAACCCCAACCACCUGGACCCCCUGUUCCAUCAGGUCUUUAACCUCCAUGUCAAGUUGCAGCGCUUGAUCAACAACACCGACUACGACGACACCCAUGCCCACUUCCUGUGCUUCCCGCACCCGCCUUGGUCAGUCUAGUCACUCAACCCGUGAGCACCAUCGCUGGGCAAAGUGAUUUCCCGCCGUGGAUGAGAAUCCGAAUAAUAUAUAUAUACUUAUACGGGU